CGUUUGAAAUGGCGAAGGGUCUCAUAUGGGCCACGGUGGAGGAUAUGGCAAGGAACAGGGGACGGGUUCUGUCCCUUUAUCGGCAGAUUCUUCGGAGCCUGAACUCGCCAGACUUGCCCCUCAGUUUUGCUGCAAGGCUAUCGAAGAAGAGCGCGGUUAAAGCAAUGUUCAUGCUUGGUGCGGAAGAGAGAUCUCGCCAUAACAUUGAGGACCUUAUUGAUGCUGGUGAGUACUCCCUCUCUCUAUUGAGAAAAGGAGAAAUCCCCAAGUAUAUUCAAUAGGUACGCAGAAAGUAGUCAGUUCUAUCUCUGUUUGCCCUGUAAUUCAGUGCUUCACCUAUAAGCUGCAUCUCUGUAUAUGGUGUCGAGCUGGCGUUAAGCCUGACAGACUUGCUCGAGUGAAUUUCCUUUGUAAAAGGGCAAAGAAGAGUCCGAUUAGUAAUGAGGAGUAUCUUUGAAAAUAUUGUCCCAAAUGAGGAAUGCCCGUCGCAUGAAUUUAUUUAACUACUUUCUUAUUUGAGUUCUGGAAUUCGUAGGUUA